AUUGAAUAGUACCAAAGGUUGGUUAGCGGAUGCCAUUGGCAAUUAUACCGUGGAUUCCAAAUGCACCUGGCUCAUCGAGUCUCCCAUCGAGAAUGCCAAAAUCCGUCUUCACAUCAAAGAAUUCGCCACUGAGUGUGGAUGGGAUCAUCUCUACAUCUUUGAUGGCGACUCGGUGUUUUCCGAUCUCAAAGCCGUUUAUUCGGGCAUGGUCCGUCAUGAUCGAUACCAAAUUCAACGAGUGCCCGAGCUCAUCGGAACUUCCGGGUCCAUGUUGUUGCAUUUCUACUCAGACGUGGCUUACAACAUGACCGGCUUCAACAUCACGUUCAGUGUGAACGCUUGUCCCAGCGAACGAUACGAUCAGACCUGUUCCGGGAACGGGUCUUGUGACGAGAGCACGGGCGAGUGUCGUUGUGACGAGGACUUCAAAGGACCGGCUUGUUCCAUUCCGGCUUGUCCGAAUAAUUGCGCUUCCCUGGACAAUGUGCCCCACGGUGUUUGUGACAAGCGCAAGAAGAGGUGUGAUUGCUUUAGCGGCUGGACGGGUGAGUCCUGCUCACAAGCCGUGAGUAACGGCUAUUGGAGCGUGCUGACCCGAGAUGACCCUUCGGCCGAGGUGCCGGUCGCUCGGACCUCGCACGCCUCCAUGAUCGAUGAGUUCGGUCAGAUGUGGGUGAUUGGGGGUGAGACGUUCGACCAUCAGCCCAGACAAAUGGUCUUGAAAGUGGACAUCGACAACUUGGAUGAGCUCCCCACAGCCACAGCUAACUGGCAAGAAGUGAAGGCCAAGUCAAAUAAAGGGCCGAGUUUUCGUUAUGGGCAUUCUGCGGUCAUCCAUGAGAGAAAGAUAUACAUGUAUGGUGGCACCAUGCGAUCCGGUCACACUUCGAAGGAGCUGUGGGCGCUCGAUCUAGAUUUGCUUUCAUGGGAUCGUGUGGAAACCGAGAGUGGCCAGUGCAUGAUCAACGAAGACCACAAGCUCUGUGGUCCCAUUCACAGUAUGGGCCACACGGCCACCGUGGUCGCCCAUCGGAUGAUUGUCAUCUUUGGUCAUUCGCCCAAAUACGGGUAUCUUGACACUGUCCAGGAAUAUCAUUUAGGCAGUAACGAAUGGAGCAUUGUGCCAACUUCUGGAUUUCCCGUUCGAGGAGGAUUUGGGCAUAGUUCUGUUUGGGACGAGAUCACCAACAAGAUAUACGUCUAUGGAGGAUUUGUGUCCAAUUUGGCUCCCUCCGCGGUUAUAACUAAUGAAUUGUUCUCUUUUGAUCCAAUCUUAAAGACAUGGACUCGACAUAGUUUUAGUGACUCAUAUCGCUAUCUCCAUUCUGCGGUGGCCUCACAUGGUCUCAUGAUCGUUUUCGGAGGCAACACCCAUAAUGACACCUCCUUUAGUCACGGAGCCAAGUGCUUCUCCGCUGAUCUUCUAGUCUACGAUAUCGUAUGUGAUAAAUGGCAUAGUGCACAAGAUGUCAUUCCCAAAAAUCUUGACGUGGACCUGGCACGAUAUGGCCAUACUGCGGUUCUCAAGAAUGACACCAUGUUGGUGCAUGGUGGGUUCCAUGGGGUACUGAAAAAUGAUUUGAUCGCCUAUCAUCCUGGUGAUUGCAACAUGUUCAAAAAUAGAGCCGCUUGUCUUAAGAGCAAAGUAGGUGUCAAAUGUGUGUGGGACACGAAACGAGACCAAUGUCUACGACAUCCGGCUGAUCGUCUUAAAUCUGGAGUGGAGACCUGUCUAAACCAUGAGGCUCCAGAUAACAGCACCUCUGUCUGUCAGUCCUUGGACACGUGCACUGCCUGCGUAUCCACUACAUCGGAUUGUGUUUGGUGCCAUGACCAUUGUACGUGGAGUCCCGCUUGCGAUGAGAAAGAGAAGAGAACCUAUAAACGAACAGUGGACUGUAGGGAGGCGGGGUUAGGUACCACGCCCAAAGAGUGGUGUGGAGCGUUGCACUCUUGUCAUUCGUGCUCUCCCAAACCCGGAUGCAGUUGGGAAUCGGCCAAAGUGAGCAAGUGUCGUGAGACGAGGAAGAAGACCACCAAUGUGAAUCACACCGAAGAAUCGGGGAAUGCUUGUCCUGCGUCUUGCAGUGAGCGAACCAAUUGUAUGAACUGUACCCAUGGCCUUUGUAUGUGGUGCAAGAACCUUCACAUGUGCAUCGACCGAAACGCUUACUUGGCAUCGUUUCCGUACGGACAAUGUAUGGACUGGACCACGGAGAAAGACGAUUGCCCUGUUCCCAGCAAAAAUGAAACUCUUCCUGACGAUAUCUGUGUGGGUUACCGGACCUGCAAAUCGUGCCGCUCCAAUCCCAGUUGUGGUUGGUGUGACGAUGGAUCUCUGACUGGGUUGGGCACUUGCAUGGUGGGAGGAGCAGCUAGUCCACUGAAGCGAGUCAAUCAAGGCGGUCAUGGACAUUUUGCCUGGGUUCCCGAUGACCAAUGUCCUCAGAGUGAUGGGAAAAGUUGGCACUUUACCACUUGCCCGGAUUGUGAAUGUAACGGGCAUAGUUCUUGCACUGUUGAGAAAUCUACUUGUGACAAGCCAUGCGACGAAUUCACCGGCGGCGAGCAUUGCGAAAAGUGUACCAAGGGCUACUUUGGCGAUGCUGUGAAUGGGGGUAGCUGCCAAGCCUGCCAGUGCAACAAUCAAGCGUCGGCUUGUAACCACGAGACAGGGAAGUGUCAUUGCACCACAAAAGGAAUCAUUGGAGAUCAUUGCGAGACUUGCGAUAAGGUCAAUCAUUAUUUUGGAGAUCCGGUGAAGGAUUCCUGUUUCUAUCAUUUGACCAUCGAUUACCAAUUCACAUUUAACCUCUCCAAAUCGGAUGACCGGCAUUUCACCGCCAUCAACUUCAAGAACGAUCCGACCAAAUCUGAUGUGGAUGUGGACUUCUCUAUAACUUGCUCAGUCCCAGCCCGAAUGAACUUGACCUUUCGCCAUGCUCCUCUGGAAAAUCGGAAACAAAUCAGUGAGGAGCAGCUCUACACAGAUGUCAAUUGUUCCACCUUUAAAGAACGCUUUGCAAAAGAGGACUUCUCUUUCGGUGAUGCCUCCAACACGACAUUCUAUGUGUAUGUUUACGAUUUCGAACCGCCCUUAUGGAUCGUCAUCUCGUUUUCUCAGCAUCCAAAGUUAGAUCUACUACAAUUCUUCAUAACAUUUUCCACUUGCUUUCUGGCUCUGCUCCUGGUGGCUGCCGUUCUGUGGAAGAUCAAACAAAGGUAUGACCGUUACCGCAGACGGCAAAGGCUCUUUGUGGAGAUGGAGCAAAUGGCGAGCCGUCCGUUUGGCUCCGUCCUUGUGGAACUGGAACACAUUCCUCCGGACGCCAAGUCCAGCUCAAGUCUCACGGGCAAUUCAGCAUCGGCUCCCUCCCUCACCACGAGCACAAAUCUCAAUCCAGUCAGUCCGAGUGGUGAGCACCCUUCUGGGGGUUCAAAUCCAGGCACUGGCGACCAAAGUGGGGGUGGGGGUGGUGGGGGUCAGGUGAGGAAACGCAAGCGGAAAUCCUACCGUCCAAGUCCAAUUGCAUUAGAGCCUUGCGAAGACAACCGAGCUGCUGUGCUCUCCUUGGUGGUGAGGUUACCUACCGGAGGUCAACCCUAUGCUCCUCCAGGCUACACGGGUAUUGCUGUAGCGUCAGCUUUAGUUACCUUAGGGAAUCCAAGAAAGACUAGUACUGACGUUUCCUCUCAAAAGUCCAUGGAAGAUCCGAAGAGGAAGGGUCGCAAAAGUCACCAUGCCCAUCCCUCUGACAUUUAACAUUUUCAAAGAUACUGACCAUUUUGUCAAAACAAGGAACCACCAUUAUAUCCAGAAAUCGAAGAUUCAUUCUGAAACUUAGCUUCAAACCAGUUUCUCUUAACCGACUUCUCCUCUCCCUGGUCCCAGAGUGACGAGACCAACCAGGAAAUUAAAUGCAUGUUACUCAACUAGGAAGUACUUGAAAACAACAACAAGGCCGUUUCAUAAUUUCUCUUUCUCAAACGAAAUAUAUUAAACCAAAGACAUUUCUACAGAUAGGCCUCCACUCACACUCAUAUCUGCAUACCAUCCCCCGCCCCUUUUACCUUGCCUAACCAAGUCCAAGAGGCUUAUCUCUUGCCCCGUAAUAGGCCCCCUCAAACCCGCGCCCAGAAAGUGGUUAUAAUAGCAAAUUUCCCCCUGAUAUUACUCAGUAUUCAAAGCCUCGCCCUGUUCUCGGUUCAAUUAGAUUUUUGACCCGCGAUACCAGGAAUCGAGAUUAUAUAUCACUUUAUCCUAGGAACCACGAAAUCUCAGACCCUUAUCAACAAUAUCGUUUACUUAUUCUUCAUCAGUUUGGUGACCAAGCCAUUAUGAUUAGAUCCCAGUGUUCGUAGUGUAUCAACAACAUAUUUAUAUUGUGAUAAUAAAAGUACUUGUCAAAACA